UUCUUCAGGAUGAAAAUCGUUGUUGUGGCUUUAAAAAUCCGCAUUCUGGUCUUUGUGACUGAAUUGUUUCUGUCACUUCUUGAAAGGCUCUUCCAGCCUUUGAAAGACUUUUCAGAAGCUGCCUUUUGUGUUUGUCCCCCUCUCUUAAGAUAACUUCACACUGCUUCAGUUAUUUUAAAAUCAAGUCUUCAGGGAAGAAAAAUUCAUCAUUAAUAGUGACCCAUUGUGUGUGUUUCAGCCCAGUGUGUGCCUUUUCCUCCGUUGGGGAAAUGUUUUGGAGAUCUUGCUCUGAGAGAUGGAUUUCUCUACCGAAUACUGUACUGGAUGAUAGAAUCAUAUCUCAAGAUAAUUUUCCAUAAGUUGUGGCGUUGUGACAGUUUCUCAGUUUUGCUCUCCUCUGAAGUGAUCUGUUCACGUGCAAAUUAUCAGAAGUGCAAUGAAACCGUUUGCUUUCAAGAUUGUUACCAAGUUUUGUUGUUGUUGUUUGUUUGUUUUUAACGCAAGGCAGCCAUAUUAGAUUUUCAGAGUUUUUUGGAGAAACCUCCAGCUCUCACUUUUUUUUUUUUUUCCUGCGACUCAGGAGUUUUAUGGCUCUUUCUGUUCAUUUAUAAACUUCAAACUGGGAUGAAUGGAUAAAGAAAACUCUUUGUUUCGCUGAUCGUUUGUGUAACAUGACGCAUCAAAAUCCAAACCUCGUUGGACUCUUGCUUUUAAAAAGGCUGUAAUUUGGGAAACGUUUCCUAGUGACACGUUUCCUGAAUGUGAAUGACAAGCUAACGGAGCUUCACCCACUUCACUUUGCAUCCGGACCAGUUGGCAGCUCCACAUGUUUAACCUCUAAUGAGUAAAAGCAAACAGGCUUGCUUUUUAUCUUUCUUCUUCUUUUUUCUGUAAACGCUGAAUACAUUUCAGCUUUUAUCAGGCUUGUUUGUCGGGGGGACAGUGGUGUCAAUUGUGUUUCUGGCACUCAGAACAAACGAUGUUUUAUACCAAAUGAGCAGAACUAAAGAUUAAAUGUUAGUUGGCCUUAAGCAAACUUUAGUUUGCAGACCGCUGGCAAAUCGACAGAAAGGCUCCUUUGUGCGCUGGAGGCCGUGACGUCAAAAGGCCUCUAUAAAGACAUAAAUUCAUAGUUUAAUCCGGAACAACGCCGAGGACAAAUAAAGCUGCGCCAACGUCGGCGGCCGUCAGAUUUGAGCCGGUCGGACGCUUUCCGAGGCGUCAGGGAUUAAAACCUUUCCUUUGUUCUCCCUGUUCGUUCUAAUUUACAAUCACAAAAUGCUGGAGAUGCUUGAAUACAGCCACUAUCAGGUGCAGUCCCACCUGGAAAGUCCGAACAAGUACCACAUCCAGCCGACUCAGAGGCAGCAGGUGAGGCAGUACCUGUCCUCUGGUCUCGGCGGGAAAGCCGGCAGCCAGCCGCCCGAGCACAGCAUGCCGCCCGGGGCCGCCGGCAGCGCCCCCAACAGUCCCAUGGCCCUGCUCACCCUGGGCACCAACUGCGAAAAAGAAAUGGAUGACGUCAUCGACGACAUCAUCAGCCUGGAGUCGAGUUACAACGAAGACGUCCUGGGACUGAUGGACCCAGCUCUUCAAAUCAACAACCAGCUGCCGCUGUCUGGUGGUUUACUGGACGUGUACAACAACCCGGGGCUCCCGCUGCCGGGCAUCGCCAUUGGCAACGCAUGCGCACCCAACAUCAAAAGGGAAUUCACAGCUCCCGGCAUGAAGCAAGUUCUGGACAAGUCGGGAUCCUGUGGGCAGUUUGAAGGCUAUCAGAGGCCGGACGGCUUUCCAGUAGAGGCUGAAGUUCGCGCUCUGGCUAAAGAGAGGCAGAAGAAGGACAAUCACAACCUGAUCGAGCGAAGACGGAGGUUCAACAUCAACGAUCGCAUCAAAGAGCUGGGAACCCUAAUACCCAAGUCGAACGACCCAGACAUGCGCUGGAAUAAGGGCACCAUUCUGAAGGCCUCGGUGGAUUACAUCAGGAAGCUGCAGCGGGAGCAGGAGAGGGCCAAGGAGCUGGACUGCAGGCAGAGGAAGCUGGAGCACGCCAACCGCCACCUGGUGCUGCGCAUACAGGAGCUGGAGAUCCAGGCUCGGGCUCACGGUCUCACCGUCGUGUCGUCCCCGUCGCUCUGCGCGUCCGAGCUGAUGGCGCGGGCCAUCAAGCAGGAGCCCGUCCUGGGGGACUGUCCGUCCGAGCUCUACCAGCACAGCUGCACCCCGGACAUGUCCCCUCCGACCACACUGGACCUCAACAAUGGCACCAUCACCUUCGACCACAUGCCCGCCGACGCCGGCGACUCGGCCCACUACAGGAACUCCAGGACGUGUAAAAUGAAGGAGCUGGUCAGGGACAACAGCCUAGGACCGGUUUCACCCAGCGACCCGCUGCUGUCCUCCAUGUCCCCCGACGUUUCCCACCCCGUCAGCAGCCGCCACAGCUCCAGCUCCAGCAUGGAGGAGAGAGACCAUGGAUGUUAGCCCCACGCCACAACGAGCGGCAGAGCGGGCGAAGGAACUCGGAGGUUGUUUUCUUUUCAAAGGACAUUUUUGAAAAAAAAAAGAAAAAAGAAAGAAACGUUUUUCAAUUAUUGCUGAUUGAUUAUUGCUUCGAGCCAAGACUCUUCAGAUCCUCUCUCUGUGUUUUUCAUGAACUUCUCAGAAAUAGUUGACAAACACCCGAUAUACAAAACUUGAAAACUGUAAUAUUUGACAUUGUGUAUAUUGCAUUUCAUCAGAAACUAGAUCUGCCUCCCCAAAAUAAGUGCAUUAUGAAAAAAGUGCAUUAUAAUUGUUGAAAUUAUAAGAAAGGGGAGUAAUAUGAGUUUGAAACAUGUUUCAACUCAAUAAUCGCCCCAUAUUUAGGCAAAAAUAAACAGCUAAUCCAAUAAUAAUAACUUUUUAAAAAAAGUUUCAUGUAGCAUUUAUUUAUUGUAAAAUUGUAUUCUUUUUCUUCCAUAUAUCUCGUUUAUUUUUUAUUUUUUGGUCCAUCAACAUUCACACAAUAACAGACCUGAUUUGGUUUUGUUCAAAGACUCGAAGCAAAUUCUUCCAUCGCAUCUGCUCAUCGUAAAAUCGAAAAUAAAUCUAAACCAUAAAUAACGACGGCUUAUUUCCCAGUGCCUUUCUGGCACUGGGAAAAAAAACUUUUUCUUUUUUCUUCAGUGACGUUGACACAUUUGCGUCACAGCUGGUACCUGCUUCCUGUUUACCUGACCGUUUGUGUCCUGACGCAGCAGAACUCUUGACUUUUCACGCCUUCGAUCCCGGCGUACGCGCAGCAUUCAGAACAGGAGCUCGACAAAAGCAGCAGGAAAGUAUCAAAUAAAUGACACGGCCAAAUCCUCGUCCUUUCUCCGCCUUAAAACCCACCUGACAUGUUUGACCCAACCAGCGGCUAGGAUGAGAAACUGUGCGACUGCAGCUUAAAAGUUUCAGAAACUACACACAUCACCCCGUCCACUGCAUUUAUCUCAGAAAUAAAAUCCAGUGGGUUUAGAGAUCAGCUAAACGCCCAGCGUGGAAUCUAAUCUCCGUGUAAAUCCGCUUUUUCUAUUGGUAAGUAAAGCUGCAGUUUGUGACUUUUGUGAAAAAUAUGAUGUCUACACAAUAAAAUUGUCUUCAUGUUGUGACAGUGAAA